GAAGGUGGACACCAAUUGACAACAGUAUUCUCUCUCCUCAGUGGAGUAAUUAGGGUUCCCGCUUGAACGGGCCAAAACCAAAACUCAAAUUUGACAUUCCUCUGAUUCAAAUCCCAUUUUGAACCAAAUUUCAAUUCCACCAAAACCCUAAUUCUUUCCUAUUGGGCUCUGAGAUACUUACGUUCUAGGAUUUUCUCCAGCAUUGGUCGCUGUUUACUCUUCUUUAUCCGAUUUCUGUUUUGUUCCCAUCUCAUUUUGUUUUUAAUUAUAGUUCCAUAAAUUUUCAUCCAAUUUUUUGGUUAUAUAUUCACACACAAAUUAUUUAUUGCCAUCAUAACCUUUGAGUCUCCCUUUUCACCCGUUUGCAAGUUUCUUUUUGGUCUUUGGAGUGUAAGGACUUGGAUGUUGUAAUAAUUAGUGAGAUACAGAUACAUUAAUACGUGUUAGAUAUUAGAAUUGAACUUGGAGUGUUUAUACAGGUACAUUAAUAGGUGUUAGAUAUUAGAAUUGAACUUGGAGUGUUUAUGAUGUGUGAUAUGAUAUGAGUCGCGAUAAUAUAGGCUAAUUUGUUGUUCUUAUUUGAGCUACACCACAAUUUGGGAAGAGGUCAUCCCCACAAACUCCAGCAGUUCAUAACAAUAACUGAAGCCAGGUGAUGUUAGAGCUGCCUAUGAUAUUUUUAUUUCAUUUAAAGGUUUUAAAUUGCAAUUGGGAUGUGAUGUUAGAAAUAGAAUGUAAUUGAACUGUGCUUCUUUUAAUCUCACGUGUCCUAGUAUGGAGUAUGUGAUGGUUUAUCAAUCCAAGGAACUUCAAACAUUUCCAGAUAAAAAAAAAAAUCAGAAACAUACUUAUAGAAAUUCAAUCCUUUGUUGAGCACACUAAAUGGGUAUAUGUGUGUUUCUGUUUUUGAUCUGAAAAUGUUUGAAAUUUUGAUUGAUUACAUUUGCAGAUUGUCUUUCCGUAAAGCGCUCCCUUCAGACAAAAGUUCUUGUGCUCCUAUUUCUCUUCCUUUCAUCUUCCAUAGCCACACUUUCUGCAGCAAUCUACAAAAGGCUAUUAAAUUCAUACUUUAUGAAGUUUACAUGUUUGAGCAAAGGCAGGGGCUUUCACUUCCCACCAUGUCACAUGCUCAAUUUUUGUGGGAUUAGGAUAUUAUUAGAUUGCCCACUAGACCUUUCAGCUCUCCUGGCCUUCUCCCCUAUACCUACUUCUCUGGAUUGGUUGUCAGUUGUAGAAAGCUACAACACUGAGGCUAAUGAUUUUGAUUCAAGGGCUGGGUUUGGGAAAAGACAGAAAAUUGAAAAGCUCCUUCAUGCUAAAAGCUUACUUUUUGCUGAACCUUGGUACAAGACUGUUAAUAAUUUGCAGCUGUGGAAUUCCUCUUUCAUUGAUGUUGUAUUAAUAUCCAGUCCAAUGGGUAUUAUGGGGUUGCCCUUUCUUACUCGAAUGAAGGGUUUCUCAGCUAAGAUAUACGUAACUGAAGCAUCAGCAAGAUUAGGCCAGCUAAUGAUGGAGGAUCUUAUAUCAAUGCAUGGGGAAUUCAGGCAUUUCUAUGGACCAGAAGAAUCAAAUUUCCCAUCGUGGCUGAGGCAGGAAGAGCUUGAAAUCCUUCCUUCUGAAUUGAGAGAGAUAAUAUUGGGAAAAGAUGGACUGGAGUUGGGUGGUUGGAUGCCUUUGUACAGUGCAGCUGAUGUGAAGGAUUGUAUGCUAAAGAUUCACACUCUUAAUUAUGCUGAGGAAGCUUGCUACAAUGGUACAUUGGUUAUAAAGGCAUUCAGCUCUGGUAUGGAAAUAGGCAGUUGUAAUUGGAUCCUAAAUAGUCCAAAGGGAGAUAUUGCAUAUGUUUCAGGAUCCAGCUUCAUUUCUGCACAUGCAAUGCCUUUUGAUUACCGAAGUUUACAGGGGACUUGCGCAUUAAUUUAUUCAGACUUCUCCUUGGGUGAUACUCAAGAUAGUGAGGAUGGGGAUAAUUAUUCUGUUUCAGCUGCUAAGUUACAAUCUAUGAGUUCUCAAGAUUUGGCUGGAUUCAACCAUAACUUUGAUGAGAACUCAGAGGAAAAGGAAAAGCUGGAUUUCAUAUGCUCAAAUGCUAUAAAUUAUAUAAAAGAAGGUGGUUCUGUUCUUAUUCCUAUUGAUCGACUUGGAACUAUUUUGCUUCUUUUGGAGGAAAUGACAGCAUCACUCGAAGCUUCAGAUUUGAAGGUUCCAGUUUAUAUAAUUUCUUCAAAGGCUGAAGAAUUGCUGGCAUUGCUUAACAUCAUACCUGAGUGGCUUUGCAAACAACGGCAAGAGAAAGUACGGACCAUUAGAAAUAUUAAUUUGUUAUUUGCAGGGGAACAGUUGUUUGCACACGUCAAGCUCUUAAAAGAGAAAAAGAUUCAUGUGGUUCCUGCUAUUCAUUCACGUGAACUCUUAAUUAAUUGGCAGGAACCUUGCAUUGUAUUUUGUCCUCACUGGAGUAUGCGAAUGGGUCCUGUUGUUCAUCUUCUUCGACGAUGGUGUGGCUGUCCAAAUUCUUUGCUUAUUCUUGAGGAUGUUUUGAAUCUUGAGCUAGCACUUCUACCUUUCCAACCAGUUGCAAUGAAGGUUCUUCAAUGUUUGUUUCCCUCUGGAAUUGGGUUGCGGACAGUUCAACCUUUACUAAAGUUAUUGCGGCCGAAGACUGUCCUGUGUCCUGAGGAGUUGAGAUUGCAGAUCAACCUUUCCAGUGAAAAUUCUUUCUCCGUUUUGUAUUAUUCUGAAGCUGAAACUUUGAAAGUACCAUACCGAAAGCACAACUCAGAGAUAAAAAUUGCAACUGAUCUGGCUUCUCAUUUUUACUGGAAAACAUUCAAAAAAGAAGAAAUCAAUAUAACAAAAUUGAAGGGAGAGCUACGAAUGGAAAAUGGCAGACAUCACUUGCUAUUGGAAACUGAUAACAAAAAUUCUUCUAGUAAUAGUAGUUCUUUGGAGCAUUGUGGUUUACCUGAUUCAGAAAAACUUAUGGCUGCAUUAUCAAAGAUGGGCAUCAGUGGAAAAAUCCAACAUGGUAUGAGUGAUGCUAAAUCACAAACUGUAUGCAUAAUUCACAUAGAGGACCCUUACAAGGCCUCCAUAGAGAUUGGAACCACUGGUACUAUUAUUACUACUGCUGAUGAAAACGUGGCUUCCUCCAUUUAUAAAAUUAUCGACAACAUUUUGAAUGCGGUUUAAUGCAGUUGGUUUUCUCUAA